AUGAAUCCUCCCGUGCAGGCGCCGGCCCCUGGUCAGCGCAAAUUGGUUCUUUGCUUUGACGGAACUGGAAAUAAAUUCCACGGCGACGACAGUGACAGCAACAUUCUGAAGAUUUUUCGAAUGCUCGAUCGCAGCUCCGAGAACCAGUAUCACUACUACCAGCCCGGGAUCGGAACCUAUGUCACCUCCGAGGCACUGAGCCAGUCGGGCAUCGUGUCCAAAAUCAGCGAGCACUACCAAAAGGCAAAGGACUCUGCCAUUGGGUCCAGCUUUGACCAGCAUGUGGUGUCCGGCUACCGCUUCCUGAUGCGCUACUACAAGAACGGCGACCAAAUCUACAUGUUUGGCUUCAGCCGUGGCGCCUACAUUGCCCGCUUCCUGGCCGAGAUGCUCGACUACAUCGGGCUCCUGUCCCACGGCAACGAGGAGAUGAUCAAGUUUGCCUGGCGCGCCUUCUCGCAGUGGCAAUGCCGCCGCAAGUCUCGCGGCGACGAGAACCCAGACGACGAGGAGUCCGAGGCAGGCGAGGGCGAGGACAAGGUCGACAAAAUGUACACCUUCAUGAAGGAUUUCCGGGAGACUUUUUCACGACCCGUCGGACGCAUCCGCUUCCUGGGCCUCUUCGACACGGUCAACUCCGUGUCCCGGUUCGAGAGCGCCUGGAUGCAACGCGCCAAGUUUCCCUACACGGCCCGCACGAGCGCCGAGGUCAUCCGCCACGCCGUGAGCAUUGACGAGCGCCGGGCCAAGUUCCGCCAGGAUUUGCUGUACCAGAAGACGCACGACCACAAACGCCCGCACCAUCACCAUUUUUCCGAGUUGCUGGAGCCCGUGCGACGGAGCUUCGAGGCGUACCUCGGCGGCGAUGGACCCGGCGACGCCGGUGAUGCCGCCGACAGUCCUCACAGCGUGGCGAAUGCGCAAAGUCUCGAGCCUCCGUCGGAGCGGACAGGCAGGAAUCUGCUGUCCCCAGAGAACGGUACUCGGCGAGAGCCACGACGCAGCAAGUCGCGCAACCACGUGCCGUACAGGAUGGCGCCUCGCGCGCACUCGUUCAAGUCGAAGCACCGCAACGGGCACGAGCAUGUCUGUCCCGGCAAGGGCCCGCAGAAGCCUGAAUUCGAGGAAGACGUCGGCCAGGACAUUGACGAGGUCUGGUUCGCGGGCGGUCACGGGGAUAUCGGCGGUGGGUGGCCGGUGCCAGACGACCGCCGGAGCGCAAGCCACGUGCCUCUGACCUGGAUCGUGCGGGAAGCCAUGAACGCGGGCCUCGAGUUCGACAUGCACCGAGCCACGACCAUGGGCUGCACCGAGGCGCCGGUGCUCGUCACGGUGCAGCCGCCGCCCGAGGCGGCGGGCGUGCCGGAGCCGACGCAGUCGUCGUUCCAGUCGCAGUACUCGUCCGUCUUCACCGAGUCGCUGCACAUGUCGCACACGUCGAGCCUGCACGACUCGCUCGUGUACGGCGGCGGCCUGGGCCACGUGGCCGUCACGGCGUGGAAGAUGAUGGAGUGGCUGCCGUUUCGGCGCAUGGACCUGCAGCGCGACGGCUCCUGGCGGCCGAUCCGGUGGCCGCUGCCGCGGGGCGAGGUCCGGGACGUGCCGGACGGCGUGCGCGUGCACGGGAGCGUGCUGCGCCGCAUGCAGACGGACGAGGGGUACCGGCCGGGGAACCUCAUCGUCGGCGGAGGAGGUCGCGGGAAGAGGAGGGCGCCAAAGGAGUAUGGCAUGGGCGAGUGGCAGUGUGUUGCUGAGCCGGGCGAUCCAAUUGGGGAGAUUUGGAUGCGUAAAUAA